AUGACUACAAUUUCAAUCGGCAGUUUGGAGUCGAACAAAGAUGAUGAACCGACACUUGAUACUUCACAAGAUGCUCAUAUACCUGAAUCAGUUGAGACAAAUCAUGAGGUUCUAUAUUGUGAUGAAGAAAUAAAGCCUAAGGUUGGACAAAUUUUUGAUUCACUCGAAGAUGGUGAAUUUUUUUACAAAAGAUAUGCACAUAGUGUUGGUUUUAGUGUGCGUUGUUCAUCGGAAAAUAAAAAUAAAGAUGGUGUCAUACGUUGGAAGUACUUUGUUUGCUCUAAAGAGGGUUACAAACCAAAUGUAUCAAAAGAGAACGAAGUGAGUGAAUUGGGAGUUAAAGUCAAGAGGAGGAGUCUUACUAGAGAAGGAUGUGAUGCAAAAGUUGCUUUCAAGUUGUUAGAGGGAGGAAAAUAUGAGCUAACUCGAUUUCAAGAGAGUCAUACACAUGCACUUGCCUCACCUAAAAAGAGACAAUUUCUUAGAUCUGCAAGAAAAGUGAAUAAUAUUCAUAAGAGUAUAAUGUUUGCAAAUAGUAGAGCAAAUAUUGGUCCUUCAAAAACAUACCAUUUGUUGAAGGAACAACUAGGUGGUUAUGAAAAUAUUGGGUGCACACAGAGAGAUCUACAAAAUUCGUUUAGAGAUUUAAAGACCUUAAUCAAAGAUUCAGAUGCAUAUGUCUUCAUUGAUAACUUUAAAAGGAAGCAAGAAGUGAAUCCCUCGUUUUAUUUUGCAUACGAGGUUGAUGUUGAAGAUCGACUGAAACACGUUUUCUGGGCAGAUGGAAUUUGUAGAAAAAAUUACUUCUUAUUUGGAGAUGUAAUGUCGUUCAACACUACAUAUGAAACAAAUAAAUAUUCCAUGAUAUUUGCACCAUUUACUGGAGUGAACCAUCAUAGACAGUCUGUUACUUUUGGAGCUGCCUUCUUAGCAAAUGAGAAAGCUGAUUCAUUCAUUUGGUUAUUUGAAAAGUUUUUGGAAGCUAUGGGGGGGAAUAAACCAAAUCUUAUAAUAACAGAUCAAGACCCUGCCAUGAAAAUUGCAAUUGAGAAGGUCUUUGAUUCUUCUGCACAUAGGUUUUGUAUGUGGCACAUCAUGAAAAAAGUUUCUGAAAAGGUGGGUGUUUCCUUGAAUUCUAAUGAGGAGUUCAAUAAUAAAUUUAAGUCAUGUGUUUGGGGAUCAGACACUUCUGAAAAUUUUGAAGCAUCAUGGAAAUCCAUCAUGAUUGAGUUUGGAUUGCAAAAGAAUGAAUGGUUGUCACACAUGUAUAAUAUUCGAAAUAUGUGGAUCCCGGCUUACUUCAGAGAUAUAUUUUUGGCUGGCGUAUUGAGAACAACCUCAAGAUCAGAGAGUGAAAAUUCCUUCUAUGGUAACUUUUUAAAUCCUACUAUUGGCUUGGUAGAGUUUUGGAUGAGAUUUGAGUCUGCUAUAGAAGCUCAAAGGCAUAAAGAGUUACUUGCUGAUAAUACUUCACUUCAUUCUUUACCAAUACUAAAAUUAGACCGUGGAUUAGAGAGGCAUGGUAGGGAUAUUUACACUCGUGAAAACUUUUAUAUAUUUCAAAAUGAAUUAUGGAUUGGAUGUAUAGACUGCGGAGUAGAAAAUAUAAAUCAAAAUGAUGGUGUGGAUGUUUUACACAUAAUUGAUAAUAGUGUGACAAAUGGUAAAGUAGACGAGGUGGUUUAUAAUGUUUCUGAUUAUAGCUCGACUUGUUCGUGCAAUAUGUUUCAAUCACAAGGCAUACCAUGUAGACACAUACUCUGUGUUUUAAGAGGAAAAGGUUUAAAUGAAAUACCGAACAAGUAUAUUCUAAAUAGAUGGACCAAAAUGGCGACCAACAAGUCUGUUUUUAAUGUUGAUGGAAAGGACUUAGAAGGUUUGUCCGAAACAAAAAAUGAGAGACAACUCAUUUCAGAGGUAUGGGAUCAUUUAUAUAUGUGCAUGCAUAUGGCUGGGCAGUGUAAGGAGAAGUUGCUUCUUAUAACAAAUGGAUUUGCUAACAUUAAAAAACAAUUAUCUGAAUUUGAAGAUGAUUCUUUACCCACCAAAACAAAUGAGCUAGAGUCUUUUAUUGGUUUUGAUCUUUCUAAAGAAGUGAAAAUUCAUCCCCCACAAAUUUCAAAGACAAAAGGAAGUGGUAAACGAAUUAAAGGAGGAAAAGAGAAGGCUAUUGAACAACAACAGAAAAGAUCCAGACUUUGUAAAGCAUGUGGCCAAUAUGCAUCUCAUGACACUCGUAAUUGUCCAUCGAAAUCAUCUCCUUAA